UUUGCCUGGGCCCCGAACGCAUCAUUGCAGCAGUUGACCCGGAAGUUUACGUCAGUUGUCUUCUCCCAGCAACAGAGCAGUUCUGUUAGCUUUUGUUAGCUGUUAUUCUGCUGAGCUCGGAGACUAAUUUCUAACACAGGUCUCUCCACACACCAUUAAAAUGGCUGAAGUAGAGGAAACUCUGAAGAGAAUCCAGAGUCAGAACGGAGUGCAGGGGAUCAUCAUCGUCAAUACAGAAGGAAUCCCCAUCAAGACGACUCUGGACAACGCCAGCACGGUGCAGUACGCCGGACUGAUCCACCAGCUGGUGAUGAAGGCCCGGAGCACCGUGCGAGACAUCGACCCCCAGAACGACCUCACCUUCCUCCGUGUCCGCUCCAAGAAGAACGAGAUCAUGAUCGCUCCAGAUAAGGACUAUUUCUUGAUCGUCAUUCAGAACCCGUCGGACUGAAAAAGAAGCAGACGCCCCUCCUACACCCGACUCAUCACUCUCUUUGUCUGUCUUCAUAUUUUAAAAACAGCCAAACAUUUUCUCUUUGUCUCGCUGAAAUCAAAAGAGCCCGUUUACCUGUAGCCUUUUUUAAUUUAAUGCACUCGUUGCACCGAGGAGUAAACGUAAAAUCCCUCUGCUUCAACGACAACAUGUGUGAACCAUAAGACAGCCAACCACUCUGCUGGCUAAUUUUCCUUUUCCCAUGUUUUAGCAUUCCAGUCGGGCCUCCUCUCUGUACAUAGUGUAUGCUAUGUCACUAUGUCACACGGUAAGAAGUGUUCACCUGCUAAAACCCAUCUGGCAGAAGUAGAAAACUGGAGCAGUGCAUACAUGUCUGCAAAGUGUACGAGACAGACAGACAGACAGACAGACAGAGGCCACAGCACAUCUGUACGUUUGAGGAUGUUUUUCAGUUCUACCUUAACAGAAAAACAUAGGAUUGUUAUUUAUUGUUUUGUUGGCAAAAGAUGUUGAAGUAAACUACACUACCAACACUUCUCUUCUCCGCCAUGUCACCUUCCUGAUGGUUAUUUUUAACAAAUUACGAAAUAAAAAAAAAAAAGUCAAACUUG